AUGGCCGGCGAAAAGAGGUCGCAUUCUGAUGCGAACGAAACUCAAGCAGAAAGCGCGCCCGACUCUCAAAAAUUUCGGCGCAUUGGACGCUCCACUUUCGAAGCGCCACGGCCAAUACAGCCUGGCACCCACGCAGACGCGUAUUAUCGCAACUUAUACACCGGCACUCACGACUACGCUGCCCUGGGCAAGAAGCACAGCAAACUUGGCGCGAAACUCAGCGGGAACACACUCGACUUCAAUGACCCGCAUGCUGUCAUCGCACUCAACAGCGCAUUACUGAGAGAGCAUUUCGAUCUAGAAGUCGACCUGCCUGCUGACCGGCUAUGCCCACCUAUAGCUCAAAGACACAACUACAUCCUGUGGCUCAAGGAUCUGCUCGACAGCACUUCUUACGAACAGCCAGACCAUCGAAGAGUCGUUGGCCUGGACAUUGGAACUGGUGCAUCUUGCAUCUUCCCUCUCCUCGGAUACACGCAACGGAGAUGGUCCUUCUUCGCAACAGACAUCGACGAGAAGAGCAUUUCAUAUGCAAAACAGAACGUCAAACUCAAUAAUCUGCAAAGUUAUAUCAGUGUUGUCAGACGCAGCCCCGAAGAAAAGUUGGUGAAUCCUGAGGGACUCGGCGUGGAUCACCUGGACUUCGUGAUGACCAAUCCCCCAUUCUAUACUUCCGAAGAAGAGGUCAAAGAGUGCGAGCAAGAGAAGGCUACAGAACAGGAGAAUCACUUUACCAUCGCCCCGAACGAACAAUUCACCGAAGGCGGAGAGGUCGCAUUCGUGGGCCGGAUCCUGGAGGAGUCUCUCGAGUUGAGAGAGCAGGUGCAGUGGUACACCAGCAUGUUUGGCAAGAAGGCCAGUCUCGACGCCAUCUUGGAGAAGCUUCAAGAACAUAAGAUCGACAACUUUGCGGUGACUGAGUUCAUCCAGGGCCCGAACUCGAAAACCAAGAGAUGGGCUGUUGCAUGGAGCUUUGCGGCGAUGAGGCCUUGCAACAAGGCUGCGAGAGGUCUGGCGGCAGCUCAAUGGAGGGGUAUGCUUCCUCCAAGCACUGAGACGGAGGUUGUUGAGCUUCCAUUGGAUAGGGGAGUCGGAGCUCUGGCAAACAAUCUGCAAGAGGUGGCGAAUUCUUUGGAGUUGAUAUCAUGGGAGUGGGAUCGGGAGAAGCUCGUUGGCAUCGGCAGAACGCGAGAGGAUGUGUGGAGCCGAGCAUGGAGGAGGAAGAAGAUGCGCGAAGAGAGGGAAGGGAAGAAGCCUGAGGAUAUCUCGACGCCUGAGCAAUGCGCGUUCGGGUUUGAGCUUGCCCUCGAGGUCGGGGCGGAGAGGAUUAAGGUCAUCUGUCGGUGGAAAGAAGGGCACUCCAAGCCACUUUACGACAGCUUUUGCGGCUUCGUAAAGACCAAACUGUCAAAAUCCGACUGA